AUGAAGAUGGAAGAGCAGUCUACAAGUCCUAAGGAUGAGGAUAUCCUCAGCCAAACACAAGAUCCACUGGAAAGAAGGAGAUUGCAGAACCGCCUUUCGCAAAGAAACCACCGCCGCAAGAUCAGAGAGCGUAUCGCAAAACUUCAAGAGCGCGUCAUCGCCAACGAACUCAGAGCUGCUGCUGCUCUCAACGGAUGGGAUCAGGCAUAUAACUCAUCGCUAUUCCAACGGUCUCACUCAUCUUCCGAGAAUGAGCUCGGGUUCACCUCGCGAGAUGUGUCCCCUUUAACCCCAGACCAAUGUACUUCAUUCAUGCCGUCAUAUCCCCAGUUCUCGCAGUCCUGGCCAAACGACUUCAACACAUUUACACAACAUGUGCAUCCCGGCGAUCUUUCCCAAUUUACCGGACUCAGUGAAGCAAGUCUAAUAUCCCCUAUAACAAGCCCCCCAACACAGUCAAUCCACGGCAUGUCACCACCCAGCUCUAGUCUCAACGGCGAUACAUACCGGGAAAUGAUAGGUACCACGGAGACCUUGGUACCAGACUCCUUGUCUACAUCAGCGCUCAAUCAGCCGCUGUACUACGUCGCGACUGAGGAGGCAUUGCCGCAAAUCAUCGAGGUCAUCAACACCAUGUCUCCUCAAUACAAAGUGAUUGUUCUGGUUCCUCCAGAGUCUCUGGCAUCGGCCUCUAUGGCUUCAUUCCCUUCACCAACCUCCCCCUAUGGUACUAGUCAGAAUGGUUCGGAACAGAGCGCUCCAUCAAAGCAGGCUAACUCCCAGACUAUGGGUUGUAUAUGUUAUCCUCAUAAUGUCCAUUCUGGGCAUUCUGCGCACUCCACUUCAAGGCCCUGGAUGGGCGGGGUUUCAUAUCCGCAUGUGUGUCCUUUGCAUAAGACGGUAAAUACAAGCCCACCAAGGGGGGAUUUCCUGUUAGGAUGA